GAAAUGCGAGAUAUGUUCCCUUUGAUUUUUCCCAAUUUCUAGGGUUUCGAAGGAUGACUACCCUCGAAUUUCUACGGCCAGGAAUCCACGAUAGGUUCAGAUUCUCCUCCUGCUCUAGUUACAGUCUCUUGUACUCGCAUGCUUCGAGCUUUUUCUACGAUCGGUCCAGGGUUUUUCGCCAGAAUCCGAACCGAUUUGUUUCCAAUUCAAUCCCCCUUCCUCUGCAGAAGAAAUCGAUAACAGUAUCGAGACGCCACGCCAGUUUUAAUCUCUGGGAGGGAUUUUCGAGGAAGAAGAGACGGGUGGAGGAGAGAAGAACCAUUGUGAAUUGUCAAGAGAGCGAUCAGAAUGCUACUCCGAGUGAGAGGAGGAGUGAAGGCGAAGGAAAUCAGAAUUCUCCGGCUAAUUCGGGUUCGUCUUCGAAACAGAAGAGAGGGAAGCAAGGGAAGGCUGGGCUAUGGUGGUCAAAGGGGAAGAAAUGGCAAUGGCAACCGAUAAUUCAGGCGCAGGAGAUUGGGGUUUUGCUAUUACAGUUGGGUAUCGUCAUGUUUGUGAUGCGGUUGCUUCGACCUGGAAUCCCGUUACCCGGAUCGGAGCCCCGAACCCAAACUACCUUCGUAAACGUGCCGUACAGUGACUUUCUAAGCAAAAUUAACAGUAACCAAGUGCAGAAAGUGGAGGUCGAUGGAGUUCAUAUUUUGUUCAAGUUGAAAGAUGAAGGAAAUUUGCAAGAAAGUGAAACUAGUAGGCUUCCAGAGUCAUCAGAAUCUCUGUUAAGAAGUGUGGCUCCAACAAAGAGAAUUGUGUAUUCCACCACAAGGCCGAGCGACAUCAAAACACCAUACGAGAAGAUGCUCGAGAAUGAUGUUGAAUUUGGGUCGCCAGAUAAGCGCUCUGGUGGCUUUUUCAACUCUGGAUUGAUAGCUCUUUUCUACAUUGCGGUACUUGCAGGGCUUCUCCAUCGAUUCCCUGUCAGCUUUUCACAGAGUACCACCGGCCAGCUUAGGACCCGGAAAUCUGGUGGUCCAGGUGGGGGCAAAGUUUCUGGGCAUGGUGAAACAAUCACAUUUGCAGAUGUUGCAGGUGUUGAUGAAGCGAAGGAAGAGCUGGAAGAAAUCGUGGAAUUUCUCAGGAAUCCUGAUAAGUAUAUCCGUCUAGGUGCUCGUCCACCUCGUGGUGUCCUAUUGGUUGGUCUUCCUGGAACAGGAAAAACCCUUCUUGCAAAGGCUGUUGCUGGGGAGGCUGAGGUUCCUUUCAUAAGCUGCUCUGCGAGUGAGUUUGUAGAGUUAUAUGUUGGCAUGGGCGCCUCACGUGUAAGAGAUCUUUUUGCACGGGCCAAGAAGGAGGCUCCAUCAAUUAUAUUUAUUGACGAGAUUGAUGCUGUGGCAAAAAGCCGUGAUGGUAAAUUCAGAAUUGUCAGCAAUGAUGAAAGAGAGCAGACUUUGAAUCAGUUGCUCACUGAGAUGGAUGGUUUUGACAGUAGCUCUGCUGUUAUUGUUCUUGGAGCUACAAAUCGAGCCGAUGUCUUAGACCCUGCCUUGCGUCGCCCUGGGAGAUUCGACCGUGUUGUUAUGGUAGAAACACCAGACAGAACAGGAAGGGAAUCCAUUUUGAAAGUACAUGUUUCAAAGAAAGAGCUUCCUCUAGGAGAUGAUGUCAAUCUUGGUGAUAUUGCGUCAAUGACUACUGGUUUCACUGGGGCAGACCUUGCAAACCUGGUAAAUGAAGCCGCUUUACUGGCUGGAAGGAAGAGCAAGACGAUUGUUGAGAAAAUAGACUUCAUUCAGGCUGUGGAGCGGUCUAUAGCUGGCAUAGAGAAGAAAACUGCAAAGUUAAAGGGCAGUGAGAAGGCUGUAGUUGCAAGACAUGAAGCUGGGCAUGCCGUAGUUGGUACAGCCGUUGCAAAUCUUCUUCAUGGACAGCCACGCGUUGAGAAAUUAAGCAUAUUGCCGAGGUCAGGAGGGGCAUUGGGCUUUACAUACAUUCCUCCAACGAAUGAAGACAGAUAUUUGCUCUUCAUCGAUGAACUGCGUGGUCGUUUGGUUACCCUUCUCGGUGGUCGUGCAGCAGAAGAAGUUGUUUACUCUGGGCGUGUUUCAACAGGUGCACUUGAUGAUAUACGACGGGCAACUGACAUGGCAUACAAGGCGGUAGCUGAAUAUGGUCUGAACCAGAAAAUUGGUCCUGUAUCUCUGGCUACGCUUUCUGGUGGUGGGAUGGAUGAUUCCGGGGGCUCAGUAUGGGGAAGAGAUCAGGGGCAUCUGGUUGAUCUCGUUCAAAGGGAGGUGACAAGUUUGCUGCAAUCUGCUUUGGAAGUUGCACUGUGUGUUGUACGAGCUAACCCAGAUGUAUUGGAAGGGCUCGGUGCUCAACUAGAAGAGAGAGAGAAAGUAGAAGGAGAAGAACUGCAGGAAUGGUUGAAUAUGGUAGUGGCCCCAAAGGAACUUGCACUCUUUGUCAAAGGCAAGCAAGAGUCUCUGGUCCCUGCACAAGCUAGCUAGCUCCUGUUAUCAUCACUCGUCUCUCACCCGAUUACACAGGCACAAGACCAGGUUCUAACCAAAAGGUCAGCCGGCCCUUCCCUCUGAAUCUCAAGGGCAUGUCAUUUUUAUUUUUUUUGCUUCUUGCUGCCACCAUAGCAGCGCCGACAGUUAUACCAGGAAAAGAAAAUGUAAAUUAAACCCGAAAAGGAAAACCUCUCGUGCCUUUGCUCUCCGGUAAGCAUAUAGAAGCUCUUUUAGUAGCUGUCUUGGUAUAUGUAUUUUGUAUGAUUUGACUCUCUUGGUAGGCACAGACUUUUGAGUAAUUGGCCUUUGAUUCAGAUGUAUAUAUAAAGCCCCAUUUCACAUACAUAUUAAUAUAUGGUUUGCGAAUAAUGGUUCUACUUCA